CACAUCUCUUAUCUUGAGAGCUUCUCUAGCUCCACAUAUUUACCUCUAGCUACAAAACUUGCUCGGCAACAAUGGCUGCACGUGGGGCUUCCCUUCUUGCUGCUGCUCUUUUCUCCAUGUUGGUCAUGUCUUCCCUGGGGCAUCCGAGGCCUUUGUGCACCGACUGCGACACGCUGUGCCGUACCAACUGCACUGCAGAGGUUAAAACCUCCUGCAGCAGUUACUGCCCCGGCGGUGGCGGCGGCCCUCGGGAGGGCUGCCGGAGACAGAUAUUGCAGCAGUGCACUACAAAUGGUAUCUGCUGCAAUACCAACGGCACCUGCACUUGUGACUGCAACACUGUAGCUGAAAGUGGUUGCAUGGGGGUCAGCGAUGGCACCCAACAUUGUGACCCUUGCAUGCGCGGCAUCUUCGAGGAGUGCUUCCCCACCUGUAACAAGGACUGCAACAACAACUGCAAGAAGAAAGGGUGCCACCAUGCCUAGGAAUAACAUGUAAUCGAUCGCUUUUUUAAAUGCCGGGACCUUGUAAUUCUGUGAGGUAGCAUAGGAGGAGACGGUCGUGGCUAUCACCUCCUGUGUUUCAGCUGAGGAUAUUCAUUCUGUUUUAUCUAUACUGAAUAAUAUUAGGGGUAAAGAAAGAAAUAUCACAAAGUUAAUAUUGUAUGAUGAAA